GAAUCAUCAACACUUUAUGUAAAUGAUUUGCCGUAGAUCAGUUCAUACCUACGUGAAGUUUUUCUAAUUCAAAAUGAAAAUUUUUUUAGCAGUAAUUUUCUUAUUCCACAUGUCGCAAGGUGCAUUGGACAGCACCUGGUGGAAGUAUACAAAUUUAUAUGAAGUGUUUGUGCCAGCUUUCAAAGAUGGAAAUGGAGACGGAAUGGGUGAUAUUAAAGGUUUAAUUUCCAAACUUGAUCAUUUUGUGGAACUGGGUAUCGAGACAGUGUACCUCACCCCUAUUUACCCUUCUCCUAUGGCUGACAGUGGAUACGAUAUCACAGACUUCACCGCUAUUCAUCCAAGUAUGGGGACGAUGAAGGAUUUUGAUACUUUAAUGAGAGAAACAAAGGCUAGAGGUAUAAAGGUCGUUCUGGACAUGGUAGUAAAUCACAGCAGUGAUGAGCACCCCUGGUUCAUUAAAUCGGUAAAUAAAACAGAACCAUACACUGACUAUUACAUCUGGAAAAAUCCCAAAGGUUUCGAUAAAAAAGGAAAACCAAUACCACCAAAUAAUUGGCUGAACCAAUUUGAUGGUACCGCUUGGAGAUGGAACAAGAAAAGGAAGCAAUUUUAUAUGCAUCAGUUUACAUCAGAACAGCCUGAUUUCAAUUUACGAAAUCCAAGAGUGAUCAACGAAAUGAAGAAAAUAUUCAAUUUUUGGCUCAGAAAAGGUGUAGCCGGUUUUCGACUCGAUGCUGUUAAACAUUUGGUAGAAGAUGAUCAGUUCAGAGACGAACCUGCUAUCUCAGAAAAAGUAGAUAUGUACAACACAACCAACGUCAAUGAUCUGAAACAUAUUUAUACGCAUAAUUUAUGGGAAUCUUACCAAAUUGUUCACGAACUACGUAUGGUUUGCGAGAAAUUUGUAAACCGAUCUGCAGAUUUUGAAAGAAUUCUUAUUACUGAAGAUUAUGUCACUGGAGAUAUGCUGUAUCGAUAUUACGACACUAAAGAUUAUAAAAUUGCGCAAUUACCCUUAAAUUUUAUUUUGGAUUACAUUGAUCGAUAUGUGAAUGCCACAGUUUAUGAUGAAAUGAUUAAUGAAUAUCUAGAUGGCCUACCCACUGGAGCGACACCCUGCUGGAAUUCUGAAAAUCACGAUAAAUGGAGAAAAGCGUUGAUAUUCACCGAAGAAUAUGCUUUCAUAUUCCCCACAAUGACAAUGCUGCUGCCUGGAGUAGCAUAUUUAUAUUAUGGUCAAGAAAUAGGUGUAACUGGUUCGCAUAUUCGAUCCGAUCUGGCGGUAAAUAAAUACGCAGACGAUUUUACUCAAUCUUCCAGGGAUUCUUAUAGGCUUCCAAUGCAAUGGGAUGAUUCGUUGAAUUCAGGAUUUUCAAAUAAUCGCAAAACAAUCCUACCUCUGACUACGAAUUACUGGAGAAUAAAUGUGAAAAAUCAAAAACAGCAAAAAUACAGCCAUUAUCACAUGUUCAAGAAAAUGCUGAAAUUAAGAAAAACAGAAACGAUAAAACACGGAGAUUUUAAAUCUUACGUAAUUUCUACUUGGGUGUUUGCAUUUACCAGGACAUUGAAAGGACACGAGUCUUACGUGGCAAUCUUCAACAUGGGAACCGAUACAGAAUUCGUCGAUUUGCACAAUUCAAUUGACAGUUUACCAAAAUCACUAGUCGUAGAAAUAGCAAGUCGGAAUUCAGGAUAUAAACCUGGAGACAAGCUAUCAAGCUCUCCGAAAAUACCAAAAAUACUGGUGUUGCGGCCAUCUGCUACUCUAGUUUUCAGCUCAGAUAAUUAGCAGAAUUAUACCUGACCAUGUAACUGUGAACGGAUGUACGAUACUAUGAAUCGCAAUCGUAAAUGUUCGAGUAAGCAAUGCCGAUGUGGAAUUCCAAAUUUGAUUAAUAUCAGAAAAUAGAUCUAGCCGACACGUACGUCUAUACUUAUUUGUGUUCAAAAUUUUGAACACGAUUGCAGGUCGCAAAAAAUUGGUUCAAUUUCCAUUUAAUGUACUUACAUAUAGCCUAAUCCUAUAUUUUAUGAAAAUAAAUAAAAUUGUAGUAAAUAAUUAAUUCA